CGUGUUCCUUUGGCUUUGGUCAGACAUUCAGCGAAAAUGGCGGCGUUCGGACGGCUUUCUCAAAUUCUGUCACGGUCCUCCCUGACUCAAACCCGACAGCUAUCAGCUGCUGCAGCUCAUGGCGAGCAAGCAGCAAAAACAUGGAAGAUCCUCACCUUUGUUGUGGCUCUCCCAGGUGUGGGAGUGUGCCUGUUGAACUGGUACCUGAAGAUGCAGCACCAUACCCAUGAGAACCCCGAAUUCACUCCUUACAGUCACCUUCGCAUUCGCAGCAAGCGUUUUCCCUGGGGAGAUGGAAACAAAUCCCUCUUCCAUAACCCUCAUGUGAAUGCCCUCCCCGAUGGUUACGAGGAACACGACGAGUAAUACAUUCAUCCUUCAGACCUCAUUUUAUCACCAUAUGAGAACAGAGGCUUACUAUUGCUUAACUCUGUUACUGGACCACACUCAACCUAUUCUGUUUACUUUUCUCUUUUUCAUUUACCUCGUUUACCUCUGUGCUCUAAUCACAGGGCACCCUAAAUGUUAGGAGUAUUGUUAUGGACCAUUCAACACAACACAUGUUUAAACUUAUUUGAAAUAAAGUAUGAAAACUAUAAUGCAAUUA